UUAUGGACUGACUGAAUUUGAGGGAAAAGGAGGAGAAAGAAGGGAGGAGGUGGGAGAAACAGUGUUGCAGAAGCCAGCUAACAGUAUUUCUCGAAUUUUCGGUCUUCAGCCAAUUUCAGAGAUGGCAGAAGCUCACCAGGCAGUGGCGUUCCAGUUCACCAUCACGCCGGAGGGCAUUGACCUGCAGUUGUCCCACGAGGCUCUAAGGCAGGUGUACCUCUCUGGCCUGCGCUCCUGGAAGAAGAGAUUCAUCCGCUUGAAGAAUAGCGUGAUCACUGGGGUGUACCCUGCUAGCCCCUCAUCUUGGCUGUUUGUGGUUAUCGCAAUCCUGGCCACCAUGUAUACUCGCUCAGACCCCUCCAUGGGCCUGAUCGCAAAAAUACAAGAACACCUACCAGUCAGUCAGUCUCUCAGCGCGCAGUGUCAGACGGUGGUGUCGGCGGUGCUCUUCAGCACACUGCUGUGGCUGUCCCUCAUCUUCACCAUGCGCCUCUGCCUGAAGCAGCUGCUGUCCUACCACCGCUGGAUGUUUGAGCAGCACGGCAAAAUGUCCAACACCACCAAAGUCUGGGUGGCUUUGGUGCGCAUCUUCUCUGGCAGACAGCCCCUACUCUACAGUUACCAGGGGUCUCUGCCAAACCUGCCUGUUCCUGCCGUCAAAGACACAAUCAAGCGGUACCUGGAGUCUGUGCGGCCUUUAAUGACUGAGAGCGAGUUUGAACGCAUGUCUAAGCUGGCGAUUGAGUUUGAGGGCAGCCUGGGGAACCGACUGCAGUGGUACCUCAAGCUCAAAGCACUCUGGUCUGCCAAUUACGUGAGCGACUGGUGGGAGGAGUAUAUCUACCUCAGAGGGCGAAGUCCCAUUAUGGUCAACAGCAACUACUAUGGCAUGGACUUCCUGUAUGUGACACCCACCCCCAUCCAGGCAGCUAGAGCUGGGAACACCAUUCAUGCCUUCCUGCUCUACAGGAGAAAGCUGAACCGGGAAGAGCUGAAGCCUAGUCGUGUCCCAGGCACUGUCAUUCCACUGUGUGCCGCUCAGUGUGAGAGGAUGUUCAACACCACACGCAUUCCAGGAGAAGAGACUGACACCGUCCAGCACUGGCAGGACAGCGACUAUGUGGCAGUGUACCACAGGGGGCGCUACUUCCGACUGUGGGUUUACAAGUCAGGCAGGAUGCUGACACCCCGGGAGAUCGAGCUCCAGAUCCAGAAGAUCUUGGAAGACCCCUCUCCCCCAUUAUCUGGAGAGGACAAGCUGGGGGCCCUGACUGCAGGAGACCGAGUGCCAUGGGCUAAAGUGCGAAAGCAGUUUUUCAGCACUGGAGUCAAUAAGCGAUCGCUGGACUGCAUCGAGAGGGCAGCUUUUUUUGUCACCCUGGAUGACGAUGAGCAAGGAAUGAUGGGAGAUGAUCCGGCUGCUAGCCUGGACCGCUACGCUAAGUCCCUUCUCCAUGGGAAGUGUUACGACAGAUGGUUUGAUAAGUCCUUCUCUGCGGUGGUGUACAAGAACGGAAAGAAUGGCCUGAAUGCAGAGCACUCGUGGGCUGAUGCCCCUGUCGUCGCACACCUGUGGGAGUUUGUUUUGGCGACAGACAGUUUCCAGUUGGGCUAUGAUGAAGAGGGCCACUGCAAGGGUAAUGUAGAUCCUAAGCUGCCCCAGCCGCAGAGGCUGUCCUGGGACAUUCCUCCAGAGUGUGAAGAAGUGGUGAGUCAGUCUUUGGCGGUGGCCCAGGCCCUGGCUGAUGAUGUAGACUUCCACGUUUUCUCCUUCAGGGACUUUGGAAAAGGAAAGAUUAAGAAGUGCAGAAUUAGUCCAGAUGCCUUUAUUCAGCUCGCUCUGCAGCUGGCUUAUUACAGGGACAGAGGGCUUUUUUGUCUGACGUACGAGGCCUCUAUGACCCGCCUGUUCAGAGAAGGCAGAACGGAGACUGUUCGGUCCUGCACCAAUGAGAGCUGCGCUUUUGUAAAAGCGCUUGAAAGUGGAGAGGAGGAAGACCUUUGUGUCCGACUGUUACGACUGGCUACUGACAAACACCAGAAUCUGUACCGAAUGGCAAUGACAGGGGCAGGGAUAGACAGACACCUCUUCUGCCUUUAUGUGGUCUCUAAAUACCUAGGACUCGAGUCGCCUUUCUUGAAAGAGGUGCUGUCAGAACCUUGGCGCCUAUCCACCAGUCAGACUCCAGUUCAGCAGGUUGAACUUUUUGAUCUGGUCAACCAUCCAGAGUACAUUUCCUGUGGAGGAGGCUUCGGUCCGGUGGCGGAUGAUGGCUAUGGCGUCUCCUAUAUUAUUGUGGGAGAAAACAUGAUCAACUUCCACAUCUCCUGCAAGUACUCCUGUGCACAGACUGACUCUCACAGGUAUGGUGCUCAGAUCAGACAGGCUCUACUGGACUUGCUGCGACUGGGAGAACCAGGCAGAACAGGAAAUACACAGGCCAAGAAAGACCUGUAGACACGCUGGGAGGUGGAGCAUGGAAAGUGAACUGGGGAAACGGGGUAGGGAAAUGGUUAGAAAAGACUGCAGCACAAAUGAAGUGAAUGAAGGGGAUGGGGUGAGGCACAAAAAGCAAACUCUUCUCUGUGAAAUGUGAUAUGGAUCUUCAGAACGAUAAAUGGAAAAAGAAGCUAGAGUUUGAUGGAACCAAAAGCGAAAAGGUUCUUGAAGGUUUUUUGAUGAGAUUUAGUAGGAAGGAAAGCAAAAGGGAAGCAUGUAGAUUUGCCUCUUACCAUUUCAAGGUGAAUGUUCUCAAAAAUGUUCAGUUAUUGGCCAUAACAUUUGGAAAGCAGUUCAAUGGAAAACGCAGACCAAAACCUCUUGCUAUAUCUAAGGCAUUCUGGUGAAUUUGAGCACUUAAGUCAUAUCAAAGUAUGACUAGAAAGUGUUCAAAUUUAUACUUAAUUAUGUUAAUGAUUUUGUAACAUAUUCCAUAUUUAUACAUUUUCAUGUUUUUGCUUGCAAUGCUGCAAAAAUUAUAUACAGUGCAGUAUUUGGACAGUGGUACAAUUUAUUAUUUUGUCUCUGUACUCCCGCACAUUGGAUUUGAAAUUAAACUAUGAAUAUGAGGUCAGAGUGCAGUCUUUCACCUGUAAUUUGAGGGUUUUUACAUCCCGAAAGGUCAGUGGUUUGAUCCCCGGUGUAGCCACAAUAGCAUCUACACAGCCAUUGGGCACUUGAGCGAGGCCCUUAACCCUGCAUUGCACCAGGGGAGGAUUGUCUCCUGCUUAGUCUAAUCAACUGUAAAUCGCUUCGGAUAAAGGCGUCAGCCAAAUGACAUGUAAUGUAAUAUUAGUUGGUCCAUGUAGGAAUUACCUCCUUUUUAAAUACAUAGUCCCUCACUUUUGGUCCCCUAAAAUAAUUGCACAGUUCCCUUCUCAGCUGUUUUUUGACUGCUCAAGUGUAUUCAAUCGCUUCCGUAGUAAAGGUGCCAAUGAAAGUCUUAUACAACUCUGCUGAUAAAUGCCAAUAACAGACUCCAAAGGCAAUCAAAAGCCUAGAAUUAAGACUAGAUACUGAAAGUUUUCUUAUACAUCACUAUGGAAGUGAUUGAAUACACCUGACCUAAUCAGAAAUGGCUAAGAAGCCUACUAUUCAAUUACUUUUGGUCCCCUAAAAUGGACUUAGGAUGCAAUUCCUACUGAGCCAAAAGAGCAGAAAUUGUACCACUGUCCAAAUUCUUUCGGACUGCAGUGUAUACCAUUUAAAUUGCAAGUUGAGAUUUCAAAUUACUAAAAAUGUGUAUAAUGCUAAGCAGCUCAAUUAAGUAUGGAAUAGUACAGUACGAUGUGUGUGCUGUAUUCGUUUUUCUGUGUUUCUAUUAUACACACUGACACAUUGCUUACUAGACUGUACUGUAUCAAAUGUGGCUAUCAGUGUAACUUGUGUGAUGGUACUGUCAUGUAAAAUGCCACCAGAGAACACCAGAGCAUGAAUGUGUUGCACUGUAUUGAAUCUGGAGCAAAUGUAAUGAAAUGGCCUGGUCUGUACAACCCUCUGAUAGCUCACGAAAAGGCACAUUAUGAGCUACAGUAAGUGGCACAUAUAUAUUCCUAGAUAGCCUGCUGUUCAGAACAGAUUUUGAACAGAAAAUAGGUGUGCUAUUUGAUACAGGGUUAUUUUUCACAUUUCCUAAGCAUUGCCGUAUUUGCUUUUCAUGCUCCGUUAUUAUGUUAACCCUUAAGUAUAUACAGUUGUGCUCAAAUGAAUAGCAAUGCGUUAAAAGUAUUUUUUUAAUAGCUUUUAGUUCAAUAUUUCAAAUGUAGUGGAAACUAUACACAUUCAAUUCCAAAUCAAAGCAUUAGCAAAUGUUAUCAAGUCUGUGUUAUUCUUUUACAGGAAGCAAAGAAAAGGAAUAUUAAUCUGUUAAAAAGAAAAAUGGCAGUGUCAACUUUUUUCUUCAAACUCUCUUCAAACUGUAUAAAUCAUUUUUCAAGAUUUAACUUGAAGUAACUUAAAUUGCUGAACUAAUGUUUAGUUGCAUAACCAUUGUUUUUGAUAACUGCUGCGCUUUUGUGUUGCAUUGAGUCAACCAACUUCUGGCACCUAGAAACAGGUAUUUCAGCCCAGGAUGAAUGAACUACAUUCCACAGUUCCUGUGAAUUUUUAGGUUUUGCUUCAGAAACUGCAUUUUUAAUGUCACCCCACAAGUUUUCAAUGGGUUUGAGGUCGGGGGUUGAGCUGGCCGUUGCCUCAAUCCUUUUUGUCUGGAACCAAGAUGUUGCUCCCUUACUCGUGUGUUUGAGGUCGUUGUCUUGUUGCAACACCCAUUUCAGGGGCAUUUCCUCUUCGGCAUACGGCAACAUAAUCUCUUCAAGUAUUUUGAUGUAUUCAAACUGAUCCAUGAUCCCUGGUAUACGAAACCCAACACCGUAGUAUGAAAAACAUCUCCAUACCAUGUUUUUUGCACCACCUAGUCUGACGUACUGUCGACGACCACUAGACCCAAAAAUAACUAUUUUACUCAUCAGUCCGCAGAAUGUUACGCCAUUUCUCUUUGGGCCAAUCGAUGUGUUCCUUGGCAAAUUUUAACCGAUUCUGCACAUGCCAUUUUUUCAACAAUGGUGCUUUACGGGGACUUCCUGCUGAUAGCUUAGCUUCAAUCAAACAUCUUCUGACUGUAACAGCACUUACAGGUAAUUGUAGAUCACUUUGAUCUUUCUGGAGCUGAUGAAUGGCUGAAUCUUUGCCAGUCUGACUAUUAUUUGAUCCCUUUUAACAGUAGUUGCUUGUUUUCUUCCGCGUGUUUUGGGUUUUUGUUGCCAUUUGGGAUCAUUUUAGCUGAGCAUCCUAUAAUUUGCUGCACUUCUUUAUAUGUUUUCCCCUCUCCAAUCAAGUUUUUAAUUACGUUGUUCCUCCAAACAAUGUUUGGAACAGCCCAUUUUACUUAUCAGUUCAGAAGGAAAUAUAUUUUAUAACAAUGUGUGAAACAUUUGCUUCCCUUCUUCCUUAAUAAAGGACGAUUAAUGACA